AUGGGUUCCAUGGUCCCAAUUACCUCGGCGCAGGCAGCCAACGGCGCCAGCGCGGUAUUCUUCGUCAACAACGCCAACAUACUCUUCCAGUACGCGGCGCGCGACGAACCUGAGAAGCCGAGAGACGUGGGUCGCCGCUAUCAAGACGACCCUGUAAAGGACCAGAAUGGAAAUGCGGUCACGUGCUCUAGCAAGGACCUUGCCGCCCUAGCGUACCAAUGGCAGGGCCUCACCAGCACUCGUUUAUACUUUGCGGACGGCGACAACAUCAUGCAGGAGUUGUGCUCCGAUAACAACGGGCCAUGGUUUAUUGGCUCGCUUGGCAACAGCAAUUUCCAAGCGACGCCUGGAACGCAGAUUUCAGCACACGUCAACUACAAUUCUUCCCAGCUUAAGGUCUACUUCUACUCCGCCUCUAUUACUGAUCGCCCCUCUAUCACCUGGACGACUUUGGGCGACGAUCAGUGGCAAGUCAAGGGCAUUUAG